CCGACCUUGCGCCGCAGGCACUGGCCCCCUGACUGGGAGGGAUGACUCCGGCCGGGAGACACUUGCUGAGAGCUUUGCACCUGCAGGACUCCUUUCCCAGGAUCCCCAAGAUGCAUCCUUCUCUGAGCCGUGCUUUCUGGACAUCUGUGACCAAGCUUGGUCCUCACACAAAACCCAGAAUGCCUUCGUGUGACUUCACACCUGAAAAAUACCAGUCCCUUGCCUACGACCGUGUCCUGGAGAUCCACAAGCUGCAUCAUCCUCCGGUCCCAACUCCGUAUUUUCCAAAGCCUUUGCUGCUCCACCAGGGUCACAUGGAAUGGCUAUUUGACUAUGAGGGAAACAGAUACCUGGAUUGCUUUUCUGGGAUUGUCACCGUCAGUGUUGGUCACUGCCACCCGAAGGUGAGCGCAGUGGCACAAAAGCAGCUUGGACGCCUGUGGCACACAAGUGCCCUCUUUUUCCACUCUCCAGCCCAUGAAUUCGCAGAGAAGCUUUUGGCACUUCUUCCCGAGCCUCUAAAGGUCAUUUUCUUUGUGAACAGUGGCUCAGAAGCCAAUGACCUAGCCAUGCUGAUGGCCAGAGCACACACGAAUAACACAGACCUUAUUUCUUUCAGAGGCGGCUACCACGGGUGCAGUCCGUACACACUUGGCUUGACAAACGUAGGGCCCUUCAGGAUUAAUCUCCCCAGUGGGCUGGGCUGCCAAUCAACAAUGUGCCCAGAUGUUUUCCGUGGCCCUUGGGGAGGAAGCCGCUGUCGAGAUUCUCCAGUGCAAACCAUUAGGAAAUGCAGCUGUGCACCAGACUGUUGCCAAGCAAAAGACCAGUACAUUGAACAGUUCAAAGAUACUCUGAACACUUCUGUGGCCAAAUCUAUUGCUGGAUUUUUUGCAGAGCCAAUUCAAGGGGUGAAUGGAGUUGUUCAGUACCCAAAAGGAUUUCUACAGGAAGCCUUCAAGCUGGUGCGAGAGCAGGGAGGUGUGUGUGUCGCAGAUGAGGUGAUUAAAGAAGAAAAUCUACAGGAAAACAGUCGAGAAGUUGGCACCUACAUGCUACUGAAGUUUGCUGAGCUGCGGGAUGAAUUUGAGAUUGUCGGAGAUGUCCGAGGCAAAGGCCUCAUGAUAGGAAUAGAAAUGGUAAAGGAUAAGAUGAGCCGCCAACCACUUCCCCAGGAAGAAGUAAACCAAAUCCAUGAGGACUGCAAACGCAUGGGGCUCAUAAUUGGCAGAGGUGGCAUUUUUGCUCAGACCUUCCGCAUCGCGCCCUCGAUGUGCAUCACUAAACCAGAUGUUCAGUUUGCAGUGGAAGUAUUUCGGUCUGCCUUAAUCCAACACAUGGAGAGAAGAGCUAAACAAAAAUUUUAAAAAUAAAAAACCAUAAGCUUCAAGAA